UACUCAUUUACCUUCAUACACAGACUCACCUGGACCUGACGGAGCUCCAGACUUCACCUGGACUCAGGCAGGUCACCUGUCACUUCAUCCCGUACCUGUCACCUGUGUGACGUCAUGACGUGGCACUUUAACUGCUCAGUUAGCUGCUGUUAGCCGCUAGCUCUGAGGACUGUGGACUUCAAACUGCUCUUACCUGACAGUGUCCGACCCCCUCCCGACUCCCGGCGUUGCCAUGGCUACCUUCCCAGAGUACAUCGCUCAGAACGAGGAGCGUGACGGCGUGCGCUUCAGCUGGAACGUGUGGCCGUCCAGCCGGCUCGAGGCGACCCGGAUGGUGGUUCCGGUGGCGUCUCUCUUCACCCCGCUGAGAGAGCGACCCGACCUGCCGCCCAUCCAGUAUGAACCGGUUCUGUGCAGUCGGGCCACCUGCCGCGCUGUGCUCAACCCGCUGUGCCAAGUGGACUACAGAGCCAAGCUGUGGGCCUGUAACUUCUGCUACCAGAGGAACCAGAGUCAUGUGUGUGUGUUCUCUCAGUUUCCUCCUUCGUAUGCUGGAAUCUCUGAAGUCAACCAACCAGCUGAGCUGCUGCCUCAGUUCUCCACCAUCGAGUAUGUUGUUCAGCGUGGUCCUCAGAUGCCGCUGGUCUUCCUGUAUGUGGUGGACACCUGUAUGGAGGACGAGGACCUGCAGGCUCUGAAGGAGUCCCUGCAGAUGUCUCUGUCUCUGCUGCCUCCCACCGCGCUUGUCGGACUCAUCACCUUCGGCCGGAUGGUUCAGGUUCACGAGCUCGGCUGCGAGGGGAUCUCCAAGAGUUAUGUCUUCAGAGGGACCAAAGACCUCAACGCCAAACAGCUACAGGAGAUGCUCGGUCUGACCAAACCUUCAGCCACUCAGGGCCGAGGUCCACAGACUGCCCCGCCUCUGUCCAACAGGUUCCUGCAGCCGGUGCAGAAGAUCGACAUGAACCUGACGGACCUGCUGGGGGAGCUGCAGCGUGACCCGUGGCCCGUCACCCAGGGGAAGAGACCUCUGCGCUCGCUGGGUGUGGCCAUGUCGAUUGCUGUGGGUUUGCUGGAGUGCACUUUCCCAAACACGGGCGCUCGUAUCAUGACGUUUAUCGGCGGCCCAGCGACGCAAGGCCCUGGCAUGGUGGUGGGAGAUGAACUGAAGACCCCCAUCAGAUCGUGGCAUGACCUGGAGAAGGACAAUGCCAAGUUCAUGAAGAAAGCCACCAAGCACUAUGAGUCUCUCGCUAACAGAGCGUCCACGAACGGUCACAUCAUCGACAUCUACGCCUGCGCUCUUGACCAGACCGGACUGCUGGAGAUGAAGUGCUGCGCCAACUACACCGGAGGUUACAUGGUGAUGGCUGAUUCCUUCAACACGUCUCUGUUCAAACAAACCUUCCAAAGAGUUUUUACCAAAGACGUCCAGGGAUCAUUCAAGAUGGCCUUCGCUGCCACGCUGGAGGUCAAGACAUCCAGAGAAAUCAAAGUGUCGGGAGCAAUCGGACCCUGUGUGUCUCUGAGUGCUAAAGGACCAUGUGUGUCUGAGAACGAGAUUGGAACAGGAGGAACUUGUCAGUGGAAGAUCUGCGGUUUGGAUCCGACCACCACGCUGGCUCUUUACUUUGAGGUGGUCAACCAGCAUAAUGCUCCGAUCCCUCAGGGCGGCCGUGGGGCAAUCCAGUUCGUCACUCAGUACCAACAUUCAUCAGGACAGAGACGCAUUAGAGUUACCACCACGGCCAGAAACUGGGCGGACGCUCAGACUCAGAUUCAGAGCAUCGCAGCAUCCUUUGAUCAAGAGGCAGCGGCCAUCUUGAUGGCGAGGCUAGCAGUGUACCGGGCGGAGACUGAGGAGGGUCCUGAUGUCCUCCGAUGGUUGGACAGACAGCUCAUCAGACUGUGUCAGAAGUUUGGAGAUUAUCAUAAAGAUGAUCCAAACUCCUUCAGGUUCUCUGAGACCUUCUCCCUCUACCCUCAGUUCAUGUUCCACCUGCGGCGCUCUCCAUUCUUGCAGGUGUUCAACAACAGUCCAGAUGAGAGUUCAUAUUACAGACAUCAGUUCAACAGACAGGACCUGACUCAGGCUCUCAUCAUGAUCCAGCCUGUGCUCUAUGCUUAUUCAUUCAACGGUCCACCUGAGCCGGUCCUGUUGGACAGCAGCAGCAUCCUGCCAGACCGAAUCCUGUUGAUGGACACGUUCUUCCAGAUCCUCAUCUACCACGGAGAGACGGUGGCUCAGUGGAGGAAGGCUGGUUAUCAGGAGAUGGCUGAGUACGAGAACUUCAGACAUCUUCUUCAGGCUCCGGUGGACGACGCUCAAGAGCUGUUGCACACUCGCUUCCCCAUGCCCAGAUACAUCGACACAGAGCACGGGGGCAGCCAGGCUCGCUUCCUGCUCUCCAAAGUGAACCCCUCCCAGACCCACAACAACAUGUAUGCCUGGGGUCAGGAGUCUGGAGCCCCGAUCCUGACAGACGACGUCAGCCUGCAGGUGUUCAUGGACCACCUGAAGAAACUCGCCGUCUCCAGCGCCGCAUGACCUCACCUGUCCCCUCACCUGUCCUCGUUCAGUUCAUUAUUUUAUUUUGCAUUUGCUGCCUGUUUUCAUGACAUCCAGUCAACCAACCGACCAACAGCCUGUCACAUCGCUGUGUUUCUGUCUCCUCUCAUUAUCAGCCAAACAGUAGUAGAUGCAUGUUAAACAUCCAACACAAUGUUCAGAUUAUCACAUGACGUGUGACAUCACAGCCGAACGUGUUUUUAAGUCAUUAUACAUUUAGAAGUCCCUGCUGUUUCUUCCCAAUAAAGGCAUCUAUGUGAUUCGCCUAUUUAAAGCAGGAAGUGAUGCAAUACAGGGGAGCAUUCUGAUUGAUCCAGAUUAACAGAUGAGGUGUCUAACCUGUGACGUUGGCUGAACAGAGAAAUUCUUCAUAAGUUUAAAAUCUGAAUGUGUUGACAUUUUGAAGCCAUCGAACACUAAAAGUCUGUUUUCAUUUUUCAUCUUUGUUCUCGUGUUUCUAAUAAAACUCGCUUUGAAGUUCA